AUGAUGAAUGGAGAAAACGUCAGUGUUUUGUCUGGCUUCAUCCUCUUGGGCUUCUCUGACGUCCCAGAGCUACAAAUCACCGUUUUCACCAUCUUCUUAUCUCUGUAUGUUUUAAUGGUGCUGGGGAACCUGGUCAUGAUCCUGCUAAUCAAUGCUGACCCCCAGCUCCACACCCCCAUGUAUUUCUUCCUGACCCACGUAUCUUUCAUAGAUUUUUGCCUUUCCUCUGCUAUCGUUCCAAAAGCGCUGGAGACCUUCCUGCUGGGGAGAAGUCAUAUCUCUUUUUUGGGUUGCUUUGCCCAGAUAUAUUUUUUCCUUGCUCUGAUCAUCUCUGAGUGUUUCCUCCUGGGGGUGAUGGCUUACGACCGCUACACGGCUGUGUGCAAGCCUCUGCUUUACACCACCACCAUGUCCAGGGCGCAUUGCUACAGCAUGAUGGUGCUGGUGUACACCAUGGGCUUCCUCACCUCCCUGGUGCACACCAUCCUGGCAGGGAGGUUGUCCUUCUGCCAGGCCAGGAGCAUCAACCACUUCUUCUGUGAGCUGCCCACCCUCCUGCAGCUCUCCUGCUCCAACACCCGCGCAAAUGAGAUCCUGCAGGUUUCUGAUGCUGGGUUUAACAUAUUGGGCUCUGCCUUGAUGAUCUUGGUUUCCUACACCUGCAUCCUCCACGCCAUCCUGAAGAUCCCUUUGGCCAAGAGGAGGCUUAAAGCCUUCUCUACCUGUGCCUCCCACCUGGCUGCCAUCACCAUCUUCUACGUGCCCGGGAUGCUCGCCUACAUCCAGCCUUGCAAGGCGUGCAUGUGGGAUCAGGCAAAGCUGGUUUCAGUGUGUUACACCGUCCUGACCCCCACCCUCAACCCCCUCAUCUACAGCCUGAGGAACAAGGAGGUGAAGGGGGCCCUGCGGAGGUUGUGGGUGCGAAAGCUGGUGCCGCAUCUAUCCAGCCUUUGA